AUGACAUCUAAAAGCGGAUAUCAAGAUCAGCUGAUCCUGCUCAAGCAAAAUCUCUCUGAAUUAAAGGGGGUUGUCGCUUGCAGCGGACUACGCCUUCGACGAUGGCGAUCACUGGAAAAAGACUGCGAAGUCCUGGGAAGGCUAAUAGAGGCCUGCUUGCAGAUCGAUGUGCCCCAGGAUGCGACCGUAGAUUUCGCUUCGUCGGCCGAACAGCUCGUAGUUCAUCUGAAUCAGAUAAUGAAGCUCGUCAAUAAAACCAUGCAGCCGCUGGAAACGAAGCCAAGGAUGCGUUCUGCUGUCACUGACGCGGCUCGCAGACUCAGGCAAGCCGACGUCACGGGCUUUGGCACGGGAUGCCCUCAGGAAUUGCACGACACAGAUGGGCCCGACAGUCCUCUCACUAUUUUUGCGGAAGGCGCUGCACUUGCCCCGGCUUAA